UGUAGGAGACUGGGGAAGAGAUCCUGGUCCUGUGCAGCAGCUGAGAGCAGUGAGUGAUUUCAGUGCAGACGCAGCUCAGCUGUGAAAGUGCCCGUGAGCAUAGGACAACAGCGAGGAGAACAAGUGAAGUGUGAAACUGAAGCAAGUGGGAGUGUUAUGAGAGAGUGUUGUUUUCCCUUGGGGAGCAUUAACCACUGCUGGCUGCCAGGAGCCACCAACCUGCUGUCUCACUCCCCCCCAGCAGGACAUGUGGAGGAAACAAGAUGGAAAAGCUUGGUGGUCAAGGUUUCUGCAGGCACAAUGAGGCACCGAAGAAAUGGCAAUUUUGAGAGUUCCAGACUCCUCAAUUCCAGCAUGUCUCGCAGCAUAGAUGUGUCGUGCAAUGACAGCGAUUUGGUCAACUUCAUUCGAGAAAACUUUAAGAAGAGAGAAUGUGUCUUCUUUACAAAAGACAGCAAGUCAGUGGGCAAUUUGUGUAAGUGCGGAUACCCUGAAAGUCAACAUAUAGAGGGCACUCAGAUCAAUGAUGAUGAAAAGUGGAAUUAUAAGCAGCACACCAAGGAACUUCCUACCGAUGCCUUUGGGGACGUUCACUUCGAAAAUAUAGAAAGGAGAGGAAAGUACAUCCGUUUGUCAUGUGACACAGACCCUGAAACACUCUAUGACCUCAUGACACAGCACUGGCACCUGAAAACCCCUAACCUUGUCAUCUCUGUCACUGGAGGGGCAAAGAACUUCGCGCUCAAGCCCCGAAUGCGCAAGAUAUUCAGCAGGCUGAUCUACAUUGCCCAGUCCAAAGGGGCCUGGAUUGUCACAGGAGGCACAAAUUACGGGCUGAUGAAGUACAUUGGGGAAGUGGUCAGAGAUAACACCAACAGUCUGAGCUCCGAGGAGAAUGUGGUGGCUAUUGGCAUAGCAGCCUGGGGCAUGAUUUCCAACCGAGAAAGCCUGAUUCGCAGCGGUGAUAAUGAGGGGUACAACUUGGCUCAUUACAUAAUGGAUGAUCUCAAGAGAGAUCCCCUCUAUUGCCUGGAUAAUAAUCACACCCAUCUCUUACUGGUUGACAAUGGCACCCACGGGCACCCGACGAUAGAGACAGAAGUACGAACUCAGUUAGAAAAGUACAUUUCGGAGCGCGUUAUCCCAGAAUCAAAUUACGGUGGGAAGAUUCCAAUUGUAUGUUUUGCUCAAGGAGGAGGGAAAGAGACUUUGAAAUCUAUCCAUGUGGCCAUCAAAAGUAAAAUUCCCUGUGUUGUUGUGGAAGGCUCUGGACGGAUAGCUGAUGUUAUAGCUAGCUUGAUGGAAGCAGAAGACACUCUUACUUCCUCGUGUGUCAAAGAGAGCUUGCUGAGGCAUCUGCCUCGCACCAUUUCAAGGCUCUCGGAAGAGGAGACUGAAAGCUGGAUCAAAUGGAUCAAAGAAGUCCUUGAGAACCCUCAUUUGCUGACAGUUAUCAAAACAGAAGAAGCUGGAGAUGAAAUUGUGAGCAAUGCCAUUUCUUUUGCUCUGUACAAAGCUUUCAGCACCAAUGAACAUAACAGAGAUAACUGGAAUGGGCAGCUGAAGCUGCUGCUGGAGUGGAACCAGUUGGACCUGGCCAGUGAUGAGAUCUUCACCAAUGACCGAAACUGGGAGUCUGCUGACCUGCAGGAUGUCAUGUUCACAGCCCUAGUGAAAGACAGGCCCAAAUUUGUUCGUCUCUUUCUGGAGAAUGGUCUGAAUCUGAGGAAAUUCCUUACCACAGAGGUCCUUAGAGAGCUGUACACCAACAACUUCAGCAGCUUGGUGUUCAAGAACCUGCAAAUCGCCAAGAACUCCUAUAAUGAUGCACUCCUCACGUUUGUGUGGAAGAUGGUUGAAGACUUUCGGAGAGGUCUCAAAAGAGAUGAUAAAAAUAACAAGCAUGAGCUGGAGAUACAUCUUUCAACUGAGUGUCCUAUCACAAGACAUCCAUUGCAAGCUCUGUUUAUCUGGUCUGUUCUUCAGAACAAGAAAGAGUUAUCCAAAGUCAUCUGGGAACAAACCAGAGGUUGCACUUUGGCAGCUUUGGGGGCCAGCAAGCUCCUGAAAAGCAUGGCGAAGGUGAAGAAUGAUAUAAAUGCUGCUGGUGAGUCUGAGGAACUUGCUAAUGAGUAUGAGACAAGAGCAGUAGAGCUGUUCACCGAGUGCUACAGCAAUGAUGAAAACCUAGCUGAGCAGCUGCUGACCUAUUCCUGUGAAGCCUGGGGAGGGAGCAAUUGCCUGGAACUAGCAGUGGAAGCAAAAGACCAGCAAUUCAUUGCACAGCCAGGAGUGCAGAAUUUCCUUUCCAAGCAGUGGUAUGGAGAGAUUUCAAGAGAUACUAAGAAUUGGAAGAUUAUACUGUGCCUAUUCUUUUUCCCUUUAAUAGGCUGUGGUUUCAUUUCAUUCAGGAAAAAACCUGUGGAGAAGAGUAAGAAACUCUUCUUAUAUUACGUGUCGUUCUUCACCUCGCCCUUUGUAGUCUUCUCAUGGAAUGUUAUCUUCUACAUCGUUUUCCUGUUGCUCUUCGCCUACGUGUUACUCAUGGAUUUUCAGAAGGAACCCACCAUCCUGGAGAUCAUCCUUUAUGUGCUGGUCUUCAUCCUGCUUUGUGAUGAAGUGAGACAAUGGUAUAUGAAUGGCAGUAAGUAUCUCUCAGAUCUGUGGAAUGUUAUGGAUACCCUAGCAAUCUUCUACUUCGUAGCAGGGAUUGUGCUCAGGCUUCACUCAUCUGAUGAAAGCUGUUGGUAUUCUGGGAGAGUCAUUUUCUGUUUGGACUACAUAGUUUUUACUCUGAGACUGAUCCAUAUUUUCACCGUUAGCAGGAAUCUAGGACCCAAAAUUAUUAUGCUGCAGAGGAUGAUGAUAGAUGUCUUCUUCUUCCUCUUCCUCUUUGCUGUGUGGAUGGUGGCCUUUGGUGUGGCCAGGCAAGGCAUCCUGAGGAAGAACGAGCACCGCUGGGAGUGGAUAUUUCGAUCAGUCAUCUAUGAGCCAUACCUGGCUAUGUUCGGCCAGUACCCUGAUGAUGUUGAUGGUACCACCUACAACUUUGACCGCUGCACCUUUUCUGGGAAUGAGUCCAAGCCUUUGUGCGUGGAACUGGAUGCCAACAACCAACCCCGCUUCCCAGAGUGGAUUACUAUUCCCCUUGUGUGCAUAUACAUGCUCUCAACUAACAUCCUCCUUGUGAACCUACUCGUGGCCAUGUUUGGUUACACUGUUGGAUCAGUGCAAGAGAACAACGACCAGGUGUGGAAGUUCCAGCGUUACUUCUUGGUCCAGGAGUACUGCAGUCGCUUGACCAUCCCCUUCCCUUUUGUCAUCUUUGCCUACAUAUUCAUGGUGAUGAGGAAAUGUUUUAAAUGCUGCUGUAAGAAUGAAAGUAAAGAGCCAUCUAUUUGUUGCUCAAAAAAUGAAGACAAUGAAACUCUGUCAUGGGAAGCUGUCAUGAAGGAAAAUUACCUUGUCAAAAUCAAUACCAAAGCCAGCGAUACCUCAGAAGAGAUGGUGCAUCGAUUCAGACAACUGGAUGCAAAGCUCUCUGAUUUGAAAGGCCUCCUAAAAGAGAUUUCCAGCAAAAUCAAAUGAACGUGGCUGAAAAGCAGCUAUCUGAGCAGGGUUCCAAUUCACCAAGAAUCUCAAAGCUGGCAGAAACCACCACGCAAACAGUCACCAACUCACCAGAGUGUCAGUGUCUCAGUUCUGUUUUUAACAAGACAACCCUUUCACCUUGUUGGAUGACGAUGGUAAAACGUUAAGAUUGUUUCUCUCCUGUCAGAACUCCUGCAUUACUCAAGCUCAUUUUCCCUUGCUUUCCCAGAAACUCAAUGAUAGAAGAUAGUUCUUAUGAGCUUCUGUUAAAAUUCACUCUUACUUCCAAGCGUACUGCUGCUGCUGUAAUCACUCUGCUUUUGAAUUUCACUUGAAGGAAUCUAUUCAUGGGUUUCCUUUGGCGACCAAUUGCUUGUCUUAAUAAAUCUCCCUUUCCUCUCCUUCAUGUAGUAGCCAUCUCUUUAUGUACAGCCUAUCUGCUGAAGUCUGUAAUGCUGGCAUCUCAGGUCCAACAGCCUUACCUUGGACUGCAGAUGAACUUCCCUCUUCUACCUGUAACUGUGUAGCUAGCAAUGCAGAAAAUCAACUGUUACAAUCCUGCGUGAAAAGGAUGUAAUUCAUACAGAAACACUUUGGAAAUGCCUCAUGUGUAAUCCUUACUUGUUUCUAUGGGUGGGACUGGAGCAUUGUAAUUUGUUUUUUCUUUCAAGCAUCUGUUUGCAGAUGUUUGCAUUGUGGAUUUCAAGUUGCGAAGAGGUUGUUGGCUAGCUUUAAAUUUUGUUAUACUUACUAUGCUCUGGCUGCUCUUGCUGUUUUCUUUCUGAAAUAGCAGCUGGUUUGUGUGGCAUUUGUGUGAUAUAACUGGGCGCAUCACCAGCUGUAGGGAAACCACUCCAAAUGCCCCUCAUUUACCUGGCAACAUGUAUCCAUCUUCAUCUCCAGCAUCUAGGAGCAAUCACCCAAUACGUUUGAUUCUGAAGACUUAGUUUUCCUUAUCUCACUAUGGCACCUUUAGUCCAUGUGCUUUACCAUGGCAUACAGCUGGUUUGAGGGGCAUCAGGCAGAAUAUAUGAAGGCAGGACAUAUACAGCUAGGUAGGUGGAGAGAGAAUUUCUCUGGAAGCAGAUCAUUUCCUAUGGCAAAUCAACUCAUCUAGUGCAGAGAACCAUUUACUGCCUGGCUAAAAAGCACAACAGGGCAACAGAAGGAUACAAAGCAUGGAUGUUUUGGGGGAAUGUUUCUACCUCUGAGAUGCAGCUGACUGAGGUACAGCAAGCUGAUCAAAGAGGCCAGAACACGCAUGCAUUCUGCAGGUAGACCUUUAAAUCUGACCCCUUUUUCUUACAUUACCAGAAAACACUCCAGAUCGUCCUGCUUCACUGUUUGCAGAAGCUGCUCUGUUUUUUUUCUGUAAAAGCAAUAGUUUUCCAGGGAAAACUGAUGAGGCCUUGACAGAAGGGUUACUGAUUAUUUUCUUGCUGCUUGACCUUUCCUGAUGUUACUGUACACCCUGCUUUGUCCUGGGGUGUAGAGCAUUACAAAUAGUAGUGUUCCUAAUUUUUAUGUAUAUGGAUAUUUCAGUAUUUUCCUGUAAAAAGGAUUAGGAAGAACUCAGCAAGACCUUCAUAGUACUCUGUGGUAUGUAGAAUCACAUUAUAAAUAAUUAACAUCGAUUUACUUUCUAGAAAUUAUUUCUUGUGUGAUGUUUGCAUAUCUAGGAUGUGAAAAAUAUACUUUCUGUGCAUAACUUUAAUUUAUAAAACCUGCAGGAUACAUGCCAGAACUCAUAGUGAAUAAUUCCUUUGUGAGAUGGUGAAUGUAACAUCGAGAUGAAGUCUGAAAGAACAAAAUGCUUGGGAUACCUAUUCCUGCUUCUCCACCUUGUGUGUGCAUGCCUUUCCUUUGUGGCAAUGAAUCCUUGGACAACUCAAGCCUUGAGCUUGGCUUCCUUCAGCCAUGGCCCCCAGCUGAGGACUGGGAGGAGUGGGGGUCUCUUCCAGAGACAGGAGGAGAAGGAAGGAAGGAGCCCGCCUGGCUCCCUGCUGCCUUGCAGAAAGGAGAUGGAUGUGGCUGAAAGAGGUUUGUGGGCUUUGCAUGGAUGGAUGGAUGGAUGGAGCCCUGCAGCAAGAAUGGGGCUGCCACAGUGCCCAGUAGACUUCCUUGCUGGUUAAACUUCUCCAGAAAAGAAAGAGGGGGGGGGGGUUGGCUUGGUGUUUUUUAUGUUGUUGGUCAUUUGGUUGUGGGUUUUUUUGAGGAGUGUUAAGAGAGAGAGAGCAGGGAUUAACAGCAAAUCAAGGUUCUCCUGAGAGUCCAGGAUUCAGCUGGGACAGCUGCUGUGACAACAGCAGGUUGUCUUCUGAGAAUACAUUCAAUGGACACAACAGCACAGGACCAGUGCAAGCAACCUUCAGUCUCCCCCCCUACGCGGGAUGAAACAAUUGCUGUGACAGCUUGUUUAGUAAGCCCUAGAAUUUGUGCUCAAGUGAAACUGCAAAACUUAAUGCACUAACACACAGUACCAUGUGGGCUGCAGUGAAGAACACCAACUCUAUCUCAGACAGACCCAGUAUAGCAAGAUGUGAUUUGGAACAGCGUGCGGCACAUUUAAAUAAACUUGAUGAGGUAGUCAUUCACCUAGAAGAGCUUGCAAGCAAUGAAACGCAGAAUUCACUUGGAAAUAUUUACUCAGCUCUGCUGGAAGCUGAUGGUGAACUGAUGGGCAGAUAUUUGCAGAUGAACGCUUAUGUACAAUGUUUGGGAUAAGGAAAAAAGCCUUGAAAAUUAUCAGUAUGGUCAGCAAAAUGUAAAAAAACAAAACAAAAACCAGGAAGAUGUAUCUCUCUUUCUUUGGCUUUCCAGGUAAUGGUCUUUGAGGCUGGAGGUAAAGUUUGUCUUGCAUCAACUACAGCAUUUUACCAGUGACCCCAUAAGAACUAUUACUGCUGAGCUGGCAGAAACAGGAAAUAUAAAUAUUUAAUGUUUCAAAGGCUCAAGGGAACGAAGAGAGAGACCUCUGAAGUUCUGCUGCAGGCUGUGAUGUUUAAGAGCAGCCACCCAGUGUGCAGUGUUGAGAUUUUGUUUGCUGCAAUGUGUGCUUUCUAUUGCUUCACUCUCAAAGUCCACAGCAACGACAGUAAGAACCACGCAGGUUUAGGCUGCAUUUCUUAGACCAGCAUGGAUGGUGCACCUUAGGAUUACAGUGCACAGGGGUUUGGGCACUGCCUCUACAUGCUCAUUGAAUUUAAUCUUUGUAAAUUGUUGUGAUGAGCUCAGUUUCCUACAGCUUUCAGUCCUGAGACAGAACAGCUCAAUGAGUUCCCUGGAACUACAGCAGAUAUUGCAAAACAUGAAACUUCCAGAGUACAAAAUCUGAACAUACAAGAUGGAUCUGUUUCCAUCCUUUCCAUUCCCACUGUGGGUAUGGGAAGCUGAGGUGUCACUAUGUUCAUUUGUUUUCACUUCACUGUCCUUUUGGCCAUCAAAUCUUUCAGUCUUGCUAGUGCUUUAAGAGAAAGCUGAGAAUGGCACUGAGAAAUGCAGCCAGUGUAGCAUAGGGUACCAUUUCAGGAGGGUAUGUGGGCAAUUAGAGAAAUUGGAAAAAAGAAAGACUUGUUCUCCUCCAUCCCAGCUGACCCACGUGGGCGAGAGCUGAAUAACUUCUGACAACCCAUGGACUGUGCACUGCUGUACCAUUGCCUCCUAGUUUCUCCAGGGGCAAACAAGAUCCAAAGGGAGUUGAAGUUGAGUCUCUGUUGGUGUCUGUGAAUGAUGGCUCAGGUCUCAAAGUCUUUGUUAGUUUGAGCAAGAUCUGGAAGACUUUUUCCUGUUGCUAUCACCUAUAGUCAAUACAGCAAUUAGGCUUCUGCAUAAUGAGAAACAAGUUAACCACAGAGAAAAACUUUUAGGGAGCCUUUUGAUUUUGCCAGUGCCAGAGCUAGGAAAGGAAAAAAAAAAAAAAAUGCAAAUAGCCAGCUUUUCUUUUACCUAGAGAGACAUCAUUAACUUUUAUCUGCCAGGAAACAAGCCAUGGGGAAUAGUUUCUGGGUGGCUGAUACGGUGUUUGGACUGUUUUCAAGAGUACAGAUGUAGCAGUGCUGCACAAUUUACAUUUUUAAUGAAAAUGUAUAUUGCAAUAAUCAGAAUUUCGGAAUGAUUGUUCUCCCAGUAGUCUGGGAACAGCUGGGAGCGAAAAUGGUCUGAAAACAGUCAUGUAGGAGAAGUUUAAUAACUCUGAUGUUCUCUUUUCUUAAAUGGUGCGUAACUGUUUUCAGUGUGCGCUAAGUUGGAUGUAUCUCCCUGCCCUAAGGUGCUUGGCAAGCCUGUAGCAUUGCCUGGUGUUGUUGUGACCAAAGUGCAGGACCUGGCACUUGGUCUUGUUGAAACUUACACAGCUUGACCUCAUCCCAGCAAUCCAGCCUAUCCAGGUCUUUCUGUUCAGCCUUUCUACCUUCUGGCAGAACAGCAAUUACUCCCAGCUUGGUGUCAUCUGCAAACUUUCUGAGGGUGCACUCAAUCCCAUCAUCCUGAUCAUCCAUUGAUCUCUACUCUCUGGAGAUAUGUCCAGCUUCUUUUCAACCCCCCUGCCCAGUUUGUUUUCAACGCUUUCUGCCCAGUUGGACAAGACACAGCAGGCUCUCUUAAGAAUCUUGAAUCUCCAGCUCAGUUUAAAUCUUCAGCAUUGUGGUGCCUUGUCCUGGCUGUAGGGGGAGGAAUGUUAUUGGCCUUCCUAUGGCACAGAGAGCAGUUAAGGAGAUCUGAAAAAGAGGAAGGACAGGCUUUGCUACAUGUGAGUGUGUCCAAGAUCUUGGAGGGAAUCUCUGUAGCUGCAGUGAACAAGGAGAAUGGAUGUACAGAGGAGGCUCUGACUUCUGAUGAAAUUUCAGUCAGUAUUUUGAUCAUGUUCCCAAUGCUGAAAUUUAAGUUGGCUGGCAAAAAAAUCAACUUCAUUUUGGAAGAUGCACUCACAUCACAGCUUGGGUGGGAUGGCACACACAUCUGAUGUGGCACUACCCCGUAACGUGGCUCUGAUAAGCUUCCCUUUUUACACUCUCUGCUUAUCCCCCCCACGCAGGCAUGGCUUUUUUUUUUCUAGCACGGUCUCUGUUUUCAUGUGCACUUUUAGCAAGUGCCACAUGAGCCCUUUCCUUGUUUGUAGCAUGACUUUUGAAUCCAGUGACAUUCAAGGCCCACAUGUGGGCAGCUGUUUAUUAUCAUGUCUUACAACUACAUGGCCUUUACGGGUCUUUGUCCAAAAGUACUUUCAGUAUUAGUGCUGCCUACCAGAAUCCACCCAUCUGCCAUCCGAACAGUCAGAUUCCUCCAGCGUGCAGCCUUGCAGUUGUCUGCCAUCCUGCAAUCUGGCCUCUUGUGAGAAGGAAGGAGCUCCUGACAACUGUGUCCUUCGUCCAGGAAAGAUGAAUAAACUGUGGCAACGCUCUGAAGUAAGAGCUGGUGUUGGAUUAUGAGCACUGUUGAACUGUCACAGCUGUGAACUGCAUUUGGCUCAUCUGGAAGAUAUCCCUGGUGAGAGCCAGGGACAGGAGGAACUCUUCUGAUGACUUUGCUUGGCUUAGCUUUGCAACAUCAUUAUUUAUCACUUUUGGAGUGCAAAGCCCAGACUGAGGAGGAGAUGAAUUGCUUGUUCUUUCAGCAUUGCUUGGAACAUGACUUGCUUUGAAUAAAGAUGGGAGUAGCUUUCCUUUUUUGACUGCAAGUACUUCGUGGUUUUUCCCAAAAAUAAGAAUAUGUAGCCACCACUACAGCACAAGUUAUGAAUGCAGCAAUGAGGAAUGGCAGGGAGGUGUGACAUUGGCAUUGCUGAGUAUUGAUAGGAUGCUGAAGGCUACCUUAAUCCUAAUGUAGUCCACCAAGGACAAGCAAGUAGACGCAGUAGUCUCAGUGGAGCAACCUGUAAUCAAGAAAGUAUAAGCAAUCAAUCACAAAUAUGGGGAAAAUCGAGCAAAAAAGCAAACAAGGGAGGGGAGGAUGAGGAAUGGCCCUAUAAGUGAUAUUUGGGUUCAUUAAGGCUUGACUGCGUAUUAAAAAACACACUCAUCAGUAUUGAGGUGAGGCUAAAAUGAGACAGCAGCAACCUCAUCCCAAAUCUAGAAUCUUUGAGCCCCAUAAUACACACAUGCAGCAAAGUUGCAAUAGAAGAAGCGAUUAGAAAAGGGAAAUUGUUCUGUAAACAGCACUAUAUAAAUAACUGCACUUCUGUUUGGGGUGUGCUUGCUUUGUGAAGGAUCGCCAAUGGCCUGACUCUACUCAGAAUUAAAGUAGAGGCUUUGCAUGGAUUCUGAAUCUUCUUAUUGACUAUGUGCAUUGGGCCUGAACCCCACUAGGAAGAACAGUUCUUGGUGUCCAAUGUGGGGCUCCCAAAGCAGCCUUUUCCAGUCUUCUAUUUGGUGUUGGCAGUGGAGGACAGAAUGUCUGGUAGAGCCAUUAGAUAUGUUGCCUGCACUUGGAAAGUGAGACCAGCAAUUGCUGAAUGCCUUGUGUUGGACAGAAUAGAGAGGAUAACUUGCAGCUCGGCAUUAGUUAGCUAAAUGCUAAGGUGUCAAGUCUACCCUGUCCCUGUGAUUCUUUACAAAGCUUUCCACACUGAAGAAACUUUGUGAUUUUUCAAAAAUCCCAUUCGUCUAUGUGCAGAGAGUGAGUGCUGAGCAUUAGGAGGAUCUGAUGAGGGAAACCAAGUGGUCUCAGGCACUUGUUUUGUUAGCUGGGCUCUGGUUUGGCAAAAGAGGUCAGGGCAAUGUGGGACUUCUUCAGGUGUGUGCUAAUUAGCAAAGAGCUUAUAAGGUAAAUGGGCCUGGAGUCUGCUCUGUGCCUUGUGACUGGAGGAUGUGUUCAGUGCUUAGUCCUGAUGGGUCAUGGCAUCAGCCGUGUCCUGGUGCAUGGAUUCCCGUUCUUUUCCUAGGAAAUCAGGGGGUUCCAGUUCCAAAGUACUUUCUGUUGUGCCUGGGACACAAAAGUGUUGGUAAUGGACUAUGGAAAGUGUUGUCUCACCUGCUUUCAGGCUAAAACUCAUGGCUAAAGUGAAAAAAAUGACUACAUCUGCCACUGCCUGUGGAGCUAUCAGGUAUCUAGCGCUUCUUUUUAACCACAGUGCUAAGGAAAAAUACAGCAGUCC